AUGGCACAAUUGAAACCAAAUGUGUUCAAGCAGUUGAUCAUCGCGUCCGAGAACGACACGGAAAAACUUCAACAAGCCUUCGAAGAGCAUCGCUCAAACCGAAAUGCACAGUUCAAGGAACAUAUUCUCGAUCUCAGCUUUCGGGAGUGGCGGUUCGAUGAGAUCCUCCACCAAGUGCUCGAGGCGCAACAAGGUCUGACCCAAUAUGUCGAUCCGAGGAAUAACCUUUCCCUCUGGACUCGACCACCACGGCACAUCCGGGAGUUGAUCCAUGAUAUCCAGCAGAUGAUCGCUCCACUGGCAGGCCCGUGCCUUUGGCUCACCCCCGCGGAUCAUCUGCACAUGACCACGCUGGAGAUGAUGCCGGCGCGGACACUACCAGAGGUUAAUGAGCUUUUAUCGUUUCUCGAGGAGCAUGCUCCCUUGCAAGAUAUUCUCGACUACACUCUCACCCACCGUGCCCGGCUGGUCCGCCCGAUUGUCAGUUAUGACGCUUCAGCCCUCGCUCUUAGCUUCAUCCCCGCUGCCGGGGAUACUGCCUAUGAGGUGAAGGGGGCGCCGGAUGAUAGCUACUCAUACCAGCAUCUACGGAGUGAUCUCUACGAUAUUAUGACUGAAGCGGGAUGCCAGCUUGAGGCACGGUACACUGUGCCAUCAGCACAUGUCACGAUCGCGCGAUUUGUCCGCCCGGUUGGAUCUACACAAAGUAAAUCAGAGGAAGCUGAUUAUCUUCGUGAAAGAGCGCGCGAGCUUGUGGCUAAGAUCGAGGACAUCAAUCAGGAGUUGAGGUCUGAUGAGUGGAAGCGAUUUGGCAGCUUAGCGCGGGGUGAGUGGGUGGUAGGACAGGAAAAAGGUCUUGAAUUGAUGAAAGGCCGGUCAUGGUACGGGAAAGGCGACAGUGUACUCAUCGGCUCGGGGUUCCAUUAG